AGUCAAUGCCACGGAGUGUAAGUAUAAUUACAAGAACAAUUGAAGAGGAUGUGGAGUGUGAUUGUUGUAUUCUCGGCCAAAUUAUAGGGCUAUCGUAAAUUCCAGAAAUGCCACGCAGAUGACCAGCAAGUUCUAGUUGGCGGAUAAUAAUUAUCACACUAACGGGACUGGUGCUUCUUAACUCCUGGGAAAAAUAUCAAUAAUCGUAAGAAGGACAGCAUUCGGCACUUGACGAGAGCACAACAAAACAUCUUAACUAAAACAACAACCACACCAUCAAACACGCUAACCUAAUCCUACGAGCUCAUUCACGAUCCACCACUUCCCAUCUCACUCCCCACCUCCUCAUCUCUCCUGAUCCAUCUCCUGCACACAAAAAAGAGCAUCGCAAGGAUUUUAGCAGGACGCGAGACCCACUCCCACCACUUAUAUCCACACAUCACGACCAGCCGUGGGUGUUAUUCCGUCAAAUCGAUGCCACCAUCCGCCCCGCCAGUAACCGCCCCCAGUAAUCCCUUAAUCGACCGGUACCUCACCAACCCAUUGACGUUCAAGCCUGGAAAAGCUGUUUCUGACCCUUCCUCUGAUCGUCCUGCCAGCUAUAUCGUGUUAUCCAGACUGAAAAAUCCGGUUGCUCCAGCUCCAAAAGUCCUCCCAGAACCCGAAGAAGCUCCCAUGAAGCCCAAACCCAGAUCCAUGGCCGAGGCUGUGGCUGCCUACACUGGCAAGAAGUUUUUGACCAAGAGCGAAAAGAGGCUCUUGAACAAGCACAAAAAACAGGCCAAGCAGGCUGAAGACGCUGACGACGAGGAUGUGGGUGAGGCGUUUCUGUCUGAAGGCGACUCUCACUACGAAUCCGCGUCCGAGUACCUCGAGGGCACCGACUCGCCAUUUACAGGGUUCAGCGAGGCCAGUGGCGAUACCAGCGAGGGUGAGAAGACGCCAGCCACUGAGGACGAGAAGACGCCAGCCACUGAGGAGGAAAAGAAUCCAGUGACUGAGGACGAAAAUACGUCUGCACCAGCCAAAAACGAGAAGGGUCCGGCUGAGGAAACGCCUGACGACGACAGCGACGACAACGACUUCGAGCGCUCGGCGUCCAGCUCGUCUGAACUGUCGGAUGCACCCGUUGAUGAAGAUGCCGACAUGGAGCAGCUCAAGCACGACUUGAAGGCAGAUGCCGCCCAGACGUUGCCGCAGGAGGAGUCCAAGUCGACGCCUCCCACUUCUCCAGAGGAAGAGGCUGACGCCAAACCGCCAGUGUCGUUGGACGGUUUCUACGACUUCAACGAGAACUACAACGACAGAGGCGCCAACGGCUCGUCGCGUAUCCACAAGAGCUGGCGCCAACUCGCCACCAGCCGCCCCGUGGGCCUCUUGAACCACGGAGUCACCUGCUACAUGAAUUCAGCCAUCCAAUCGUUGGUGCACAUUCCAGCAAUGGUGCACUAUUUGAACGAGGUCAGUGCUGGCAGCUUUGAUUCCAGCAUCAAGCCACGGUCGGUGACACACGUUAUGGCAGAGUUGGCAGCCAAGAUGUGGGGCAUGGAUGGUGCCAAGGCCAAGGGCAAGCCAGCCAAGUACAUCAACCCCAAGAAGAUCAUCCUGCGGUUGGACGACAUCAACUGCAUGAUGUCCGAGUGGCAGCAGGAAGACUCACAUGAGUACUACAUGUCGUUGAUGUCGCGGUUGCAGGAGGACUCCACCCCCAAGGGCAAGAAAUUGAACCAGUCGGUGAUCUACGACAUCUUUGGCGGGUUGUUAGACCAGCACAUCACCUGCUCGGUGUGCCACAACGUGUCGGAGACCAAGCAGGAGUUCUACGACUUGUCGCUUGGGUUGAACAAGAAGAAGCACAAGACGCUCGACGAAGGUGCACAGACCUCCCACAAGUACUCGAUCGAGAAGUCAAUGCGUGACUUCUUCUCCAACGAGCUCAUCAAGGUCGACAAGUCCGACAACUCAGGGUACUUCUGCGACAAGUGCGAUAAGCGCACUUGUGCCAAUAAGAUCAGCUUCAUCAACAGGUCGCCCGAGACCUUGACCAUCCACUUGAAGCGGUUCAAGUUCAACGGCAACUCGUCAUCCAAGAUGAAGCAGGCCAUCUCCUACUCCAAGUACUUGGACUUGUCGGAGUACACCGCCGACAAAACUCCUACCAAGUACAAGUUGAUCUCAGUGAUUGUGCACGAGGGAAGAUCCAUUUCCUCGGGACACUACGUGGCCCACUGCGUGCAGCCAGACGGCUCGUGGGCCACCUACGACGACGAGUACAUCAACAAGAUCCACGAGCGCCAGGCAUUGAGCGACCCUGCUGCAUAUGUGUUGGUGUACACCAAGUUGACCCCCAAGGCCAAGCGGGGUCUGGACGGCGACGAGGGUGCCAGGAAGAAGAGGAAGGUAUAGGGAGAAAAGGGAGAACAGGAAGAAGAGGAAGCUUUAGGAAGAAGAGGAAGCUCUAACAAGAGGAAACUCUAGGAAGAGGAAACACAUAGGCAAGAGAAGCAUCCCUAGGCACUUCAAAGAAGCUCUGGGCCAAGUUUAGGCCUGGUCCGUGUAUAUUAGACAAUGCAUUAUUAGAGUAAUUUUG